AUGACUUCUACGCUCGCAAUUUCCGAUCUCAACGACAACCCUUCCUCUGACCGGAUUUUCAUUGUUGGGGGAGGUAUAGUCGGUGCAGCACUCGCUUUUCACCUUUCCAACAAUGCCACUCAAACAAAAAAGCCUCAAGUCGUGGUGCUUGAUCGAUGCCUGAAGAAGUCACUCGGAUCUACCGGCCAUGCACCAGGCUUUGUCGGUCAGCUCAAUGAGUCAUCCGUUUUGACCAAACUCGCAAAAGACACGGUCUCUGAGUAUCUCUCAAUCCCAAAUGGCUUCAAUACUGUCGGUGGAUUGGAGCUUGCAACAAGCCAUUCUGGCGCAGACGCUUUGCCCUCUCUCGCCCCAGAUUUCGUGGAUCCAGUAGCGGUGAAGAUUGGAUUGCAUUUCCCAUCUGACGGGACAGCAAACGCACAGGCUAUCACAUCCUACUACCUCGAUCAGGCGCGGGUCCGAGGCGUGGACUUUCUGGAAGCUAAUGUUGCUGGGUUCACAAAAUCGGAUAGCAAGGAUGCUGGAGUGACCAAGAUAAUAGCAAUCCAAACUGCCGCAGGAGAUAUAAACCUUUCAGGCAGUACCGUGAUUCUCGCGUCGGGCAUCUGGACCUCGUCCCUCACAAACCCUGACCGCGGCACCAAAGCUCCAAUCACGCGAGUCCCGAUUCCGAUCGUCCCCGUCGCACACCCAUAUACAUUCACCCCGCCUCGGCCCUCCCGCUCUGGAACCCCGUAUCCAUUCAUCCGCUGGCCAGACCACCAUGUCUAUGCAAGAGAUCAUGGGGACCGUGAUGGCCUCGGCAGCUACAACCACUCUCCAAUGCAGCUAGAUCCAGCUGAUACAGCCAUCGGAGCCUGGCCCUCCACGUUCGACCAAGUCCUAUCCGAUGCUUCUUCACAUCUUAAAAAUGGAGACCAAUUCCAAGUGAAAGGUUGUGAGGAUUGCACUGAUCCAUGGCUAGCCAAGAAACCAUUCAAUGGAAUCUUCUCAGUGACACCCGACAAUCUGCCACUUGCAGGAAAGGUACCUGAUGUUGCAAACCUAUGGCUUUGCGCUGCAAUUUGGGUGACGACUGCUGCUGGCACGGCAAGAUUCGUGUCGAGGGAGAUUCUUCGUGAAGCUGGAACUCCUUCGGCGCCUGGUGAUGAGCUCCUUAUGGAGGCCCUUAGCCCUACUCGCUUCCAGGGUACUGAGCCAGAUGUACUUGCGCUUCAAGCUUUGGGGAAGUACAAUGAUAUCUACAACCGCAAAGCCUGA